AAUCUAAAUCUUGCUGCUGGCCAACAUGAUCCAUUUGCUGGUCUUUGCUUUGGUCUCAGGACUGCUUGUGAGCUCUGUAACCCCUGAAGACCUUGAAAGAGCAGUCAAUCCUGUCGACCCCAUAAAACCAAUUCCCUUGCCUAAUUUUACGAACAUCAAGUGCUGGACGGAGUGGUUUGACAGGGACAACCCCUCUGGGUUUGGAGACUUUGAGACCCUCGCAGAGCUCCGCUCAGAGAACCCUGGAAAGAUCUGUACCCUUCCUGGACAGAUAGAGGUCACCACUACCAGUGGAGGGAGUCUCCCUACUGGGAAUAUUAUUGCGAUAAUGGACACAAUCACAGGCUUUGUCUGUAAAAAUGCAGACCAGCUUCCGUACAAACCACGCUGUUUCGACUACCGUGUCCGGUUCAGCUGUCACCCACCAUUUUGUGCCUCAUCAGGAGUGUGCUGGACCAAGUGGUUUGAUCGUGACGACCCUAGUGGGACAGGGGACUGGGAAACCCUUAGUAACCUCCGUCAAGAGAACCCUGGAGUCAUCUGUGCUCAACCCCUCUACAUAGAGAGCGUCGUCGUGGGAACCAACGCCCCUGCCUGGGGGCAGAAUUUCCUCUACUACACUCCAACCCAGGGCUUCGUCUGCCGCAAUCAGGAUCAGAAAGGCAAACCUUGUCUUGAUUACAAAGUGAGAUUUGGGUGCCCAUGUGGUUGCUAAUUCACUGUGAAGCUAUAUGGGUCUCAAAGUUGAUCAAUGGAAAUCUGGGUUUAAUAAACAAGCUUUUUAGUUCAAA